AUGGCGCUGCCUAGCUCGUCACCGGCCAGCUCGGCAGCCGACGGCGCCCAUGCCGAGUCUCUGUACCGUGAACUAGGCCAAAGCAAAACCCUCAUGCUGCACGCUGCAGUGUCGAAAUUCUUUAUUCAAGAGAGCAUCGCACUUGCGGGGCCUGGCUACCCUGGCAACUUGCUGAAGUGGAAUUCGUCGCGGGGUUCAGGGGACUGGCCAGAAACCGCGCGAGUGUACGGCCUCUUUCCGGAUAUCCGUGCAGGAGACGCUCUGGAGACGACUACGGCGAGUCGCCCAAGCAUCAAGCGACCGGAGAGGCCGAGCAUCCGCCCAGUUGAGGCCCAGCGGCCUCCGCCUGCGCAUGCGGGCAACCGCAGCGGCAGUGGCGACAAGAACGGUAGCGGGGCGGGAACCCCUCUGCAUCCAGAGGGUUCUCGCCCUGUGCCCAUAACCCCGGGAUCUUGCAAUCCACUUUUAGGCAGUGCUACGCCCGUCGUGACAGAGACGAGUACGCUGCAAACCCCGGGCACAGAAGUUCCCCAAGCGUCUGCCACCGCUGCGCUGAUGGCUGACGCUGAGUCACCCACCCCACCUGGGCAGGCUGAGGGGGGCGCCGUGACCCAAGAAGCAAACGGCGCGUCGGCAGACGGACUGAACCAGCACAUCUACGAGAGAAGCGCCUUAUACUUUGGACCGCAGGAAAUUGGUGAUGACGACCCUUUGAUCCACAACCUACCAGAUGGUGUGGUUGGCCGUCGUGCGCCGGCGAACCCUCUCAACUCGCCGAUGCUCGCAUGGAUCCGAGGAGGCAAGAAGAAGGCGAGGCCGAAAGUCCGAGAUCCGAAGCUGAAAAACAACCCUCUUCGAGGUCGCGUUGUUGUCUGCAUCAGCACUACAGCACUUCUCUUCUGGAUAUUCAUGUGGGAAAUGCUGUACAACUACACCAGCUAUAACGGGCGAUGUGUGAGCCCAGUUCUCUACCCGGAUUUCAAGCUGGCAAACGAGAAGCAGCGACAGCCAUAUGUCAUCCGCUACGGAUACGGAGGCUGCGAACACAACCUAGGUUCGCUGAUGUAUCCCCGCGCUGCGGUUGGAACACGCGCAGGUGACAAAGGGUGGCCGAAAGACCUGGUUCCGAACGGGAGUGCAGGAGCGUCGUCAGCCUCGUGGGAUUCCCCGAACUCCCGUAUCCUGCGUCACUUGGGUGGCUUGGAGACGAACUAUAUCCGCGAGUACGAUGAGGUGUUCAGGCUGUUCACGGCAAUGUACAUGCACGGCGGAUGGCUCCAUAUUUUCAUCAAUCUCUCAUGCCAAAUCCAGAUUCUCUGGAUUAUCGAGCCGGAUUGGGGAUUUUGGAGAACAGCGCUGCUCUUCUUCAUAGGAGGCGUAUCAGGGAACCUGUUAUCAGCUGUUGCGGAUCCGUGCAGCAUCACAGUUGGAUCCUCUGGUUCCAUGUACGCGUUGCUCGGCGCGCUUAUCCCGUACUGUGUCGAGUACUGGAAGUCUAUCCCAAGACCAGGCUGUAUUCUCCUUUUCAUGAUAGCUGUUGUGAUUGUCGGCAUCUUGACGGGCAUGACUGGUUUCACGGACAACUACGCUCACAUGGGUGGCGCUGUCGGUGGAAUUUUGUGGGGUUUUGCCUCUAUUACGACUGUCUCUGCUUGUGACAAAUGCACUCUCGGAGAGCGCAUGGCGACAACGCCCCCCUUCAGUUGGUGUGUGCCCAAAAAGACGCAAGAGAGACUUCUGGAGAGAGCAAAGGCGAGAAAGAAGGAAGCCAUCCGGAGACGAAAGCUUCAGGCGAUGCAAAAGAAAAGGGCAGGAGGUGCCCGCGGGAAGGCGAUGUACGCUGUGAAAAUGCGUCUGCAGGAAGAAGGCAGGCCUCCUUGCAAAAUGAGCUUCCGAGAAUGGGUCAUUCGAGGCUUGUGCGCGGCUGGCCUUAUCGCCUUCUGGGUCAUUUUGUUUGUUUACUUGCUGGACCCGACAUUAUACAAGACGUACGCUCCUCCAGGCCAGCUGAAGUUCAGUGGCUGGCUCUAUUGUAAGUGCGGUACCAUCGUCUAUCAGGCGCCGCAGACGUUCGGCAAUUUUGGCCGCUAUUGGUGUUUUGGAAAUGAGAAGGAUGCGAAGUUCUAUCUCGAGGCAUAG